CCUUGCCCUUCCAGUUGUUACAGGCGACAGGCAAGCCAUUCUGGUCCUUGGGAGUUGAGAAUCGAACGGCUCUAUCGACGGUCGCCCCAAUCCACCCGGAAAAAGAAGGAAAGUAAAACAAUCAACGACAAGUCCUCAAUUAAGGAAAAUUCGUUCUUCUGCCUCCGAUUCGGAAAUCGUUUCCAGGUCGUUCCUCGAGGGAAUGGCUCUUUUCGGACCAAAUCUGCCUACCGAUGUUGGGUUGCGUUUGCUUCUUAGUCCCAUUGGUUCCAAUGUUGUUGUCCGAACAGCAUGUUGUUCGGUGGGGAUCAUUUUACCAGUUUACUCAACAUUUAAAGCUAUUGAGACAGAAAACCAGAAUGAGCAAAAAAAGUGGCUUAUGUACUGGGCAGCAUAUGGAUCUUUUAGCAUUGCUGAAGUUUUUACUGACAAAUUUAUCUCCUGGUUUCCUCUGUACUACCACAUGAAAUUUGCGUUCUUGGUUUGGCUUCAACUUCCAACUGUUGACGGUUCAAAGCAACUGUACAACAACUGUCUGAGGCCAUUCUUAUUGAGGCAUCAAGCUAGGCUCGAUCAGAUUGUGGGGACAGUAUACUGCGAGAUGGCUAAAUUUGUUAGUGCACACAGAGCAGAAAUUCAGUUUGCGAGGACAGUUUUUACGAAGAUUUCGGUGUCAGCAAACCACUUUGUUUGCGAUAUCUUUCACCCAGCACGGAGGGGAGAGAAUGGUGCAAGUGAAGGCCCGAGACACGAGCAAACGCAUGCUAGUAGAGCGAUUGAAGGCCCGACAACAGAGGAACUGAGUUCGGGUUCCGAGAUCGACGAAUGAUCUAAUUCCAGGAUUUUUUUUCAUUUUUUUUCUUUUUGGGGGGGGGGGGGGGGGGGGGGGG